AUGGCAUGGCUGCUGCUGAGGAAGGAGGGUGGAGGGAAGGUGCUCGACGUUCCAGGCUGCGUUGCAGUGCCUGAGGCAGAGGAAUGCGAGGUGGCGAGUGUGGAAGAAGGAAGUAGGAUGGCUCAGGCUGGAGGAGAAGUGUCGGGGUUGGAAGAUCGCCCCUGCGUUGCUGAGGCAGGCGUCUUACGGCACCAUCAAGAUCGGCAUUUACCAGAGCUUGAAGCGGCUGUUUGUGGAUCGCAUGGAAGGCCUGGGGCAGCCAGUGGCCUGGUCUCCUCUGGGAAGUGCUGUGAUGAAACGUUGCUAAUCAAUGUAAUCUGCGGAGUGGUGUCAGGGGUGAUCUCCUCUGCAAUCGCCAAUCCAACAGAUGUGCUGAAGAUUCGAAUGCAGGCUCAAGGCAGCUUAUUCCAGGGUGGCAUGAUCGGCAGCUUCAUCGACAUCUACCAGCAGGAGGGUACCCGAGGCCUCUGGAGGGGUGUUGUCCCAACGGCUCAGAGAGCCGCCAUCGUGGUCGGGGUGGAACUGCCGGUCUACGACAUCACCAAGAAGCACUUAAUUCUGUCAGGCCUGAUGGGUGACACCAUCUUCGCCCACUUCGUUUCCAGUUUUACGUGUGGGCUGGCUGGGGCCAUUGCCUCCAACCCUGUGGACGUGGUGCGGACACGGAUGAUGAACCAGCGGGCAAUAGUGGGCAGCACGGAGCUCUAUAAGGGCACGCUGGAUGGCCUUGUGAAGACAUGGAAGAGCGAGGGCUUCUUUGCACUCUAUAAAGGUUUCUGGCCCAACUGGCUUCGGCUCGGUCCCUGGAACAUCAUUGUAUCCUUCCGUGUGCUGCUGGGAGGCCGUGGGUACGGGCAGCGGGGGAAAACCAAGCUGUAAGGGGAAGCGCAGAGCCCACACCUCGAUGGGGCACCUCUUCGCCUCCCCUGCGGCAGCCCGGAGCAGAGUCCCUGUCCCGCUUGGACAGACGUAAGCUGCGAUGCGGCUGCUGCUGGUUCAAGUGCCAAAAAAUGCCAAAAUGGUUGCGAUGGCUGCUUCUGACAGCUCUGCCGGUGGCCAGUGCAGGGACUCCCAGGCCUGCAGCACGGGUGGUUUCCUGUAGAGUGAGCGCUCUCCAGUGCUUGGCUUCAGACUUUCCCUUUGGCCCGAGCUCCUGGAGGUGCUGCGGUUUCUGGACCAGCUCCCAUUCCGUGAGGGAAGGCUGGGGAACGUUCUGCUCCGAGGCAGGCGCUGACCUGCUCUGCAGAACCAGCGCUGCCGUCUUGCUGUGCUAGAUCCUUCUCGCCCCCUGAAACUGCAUGCGGAAUUUAUUUUAAAGAAGUCCCAGUCUGGGGUGAGAGCCCCCUCCCUCUCUCGAUGGCCUAGGUAAGCCUGGCCCAGUUUGCUUCUGGGUCGGUCUCUUCCCUCUCCUGGUGGCUCCGUGUCCUGCAGCUCUCUUCCACCCCUGCAGUUUAUGCUGCCUGGAAGAGGGGCUUCCCCACGCUGGGCUUCAGCCAGACUCUGCUGAUCCUCGGCCUGCCUUGCCUUGCCAGGCGCGGGCUGUCGUGUCGGGAGGCUCGGCGCAGCUGCCUUACGGGUUCGGCCCAAUUCCUUGACCUUCCCUUCAGUUUUUUAUCACGUACGAGCAGUUGAAGCGACUUCCCUUCUGAGAGCUGCCUUCGUUUCGCGAGAGUCGUCUUCAAGACUCGCAGCCGAGAGCUUUGCUGCAGCCUUCCUCUUCAUUUCACCAUCCCCAAGUUUCGGUGUUUUGGUACGUGUGGGUCUGGGCUCCCCCUCUCCCCCAAACGCACGGUCCCUGGAGCAUGAUCUGGCCGCCGUAGAGCUGGGGGGCUGGUGGCCGGCGCUGCAUGGUUUGUCACGCGGAGGCAAGUGGUAACGGGGUGCACGUGUCUGGGCCCGAAGCGAUAUCUUCUGUGAAGAUCCGCGCGUUCCAGUGGCCUUGCGGUGCAGCUGUGGUUUGGCGUGUGGCUCGCGUGCGUUUUUGUGCCCUGCCUGCGGGGUGAGGCUGGGAAGGGGCGCUGUCAUGUUUUCUUGCGGAACUGUAACCUCAUUAAAUUAUUUAUUG